AUGACCGAAGUCGCAGAUAAGUCCUGCACACCCACUCAGAAAGGAACAGCUACUGAGCCACAUUUAACGCAUCAUUCACUGGUAGGAGUAAGCACACUGUUGGAGAGAUACGGUUACCAGAUUGGAGAAGUAUUAGGAAAGGGUUCUUACGCUGUAGUAAGAAAAGCGCACUCGAAAAGAUACAAAAAAGACAUCGCAAUCAAGAUCAUUUGCAAGAAGAAAGCUCCCGAAGACUUCCUAACAAAGUUCCUACCGCGAGAAAUCAAAGUUCUAAAGAAAAUACAGCAUCGCAAUGUUUUAAGUCUUUUAGAAGUUAUCGAGACGAAUACUAGGAUGUAUAUUAUUACAGAACUAGCAGCAAAUGGGGAUCUACUUGAGCACAUCCGAUCUAAUGGCGCCAUAGCAGAAACUAGAGGCAAGGAACUUUUUCGACAACUUGUCGAAGGAGUGUCUUACAUCCACAGUAAAGAAAUCGUUCAUAGGGAUCUUAAAUGCGAGAAUAUACUACUUGAUAAGGAUCAUAAUCUUAUCAUAUCAGAUUUUGGAUUCGCGAAAGAAAAUUUACCCACGGCUACGGGAAAAAAGAAACUCAGCCAUACAUACUGUGGGUCAUAUGCUUAUGCACCUCCAGAGAUAUUAAAAGGCAUUGCUUACGAUGCUACCUUAGCAGAUGUAUGGAGCAUGGGAGUAAUUCUUUACACUAUACUGUGUGGAAGACUACCAUUCGAUGACUCUAACCUUCGCAGUCUACUCCAGCAAGUCCACAAGAGAGUUGUAUACCCUUCAAGAGUGAAACUAACCGAUCCAGCCAAAGCAGUGAUUCAUAAAAUGCUAACAUGGAACAUACCAGAAAGGAUUACACUCGAACAGCUAGUGAACGAGCCGUGGGUGAAAGACGAUCAUACAGAGAGUUAA